CUACGCCACAACAGGUAUGCCUCUGACAACACCACGAGACGCCGCAGCCCUUCACAAACUUUACCGCUCCCGUCAAUAUUUAGCUUUCUGCAACCCCACAUCACAGCCCGCUUUCUUGCAUCUACCACGUACUCCAACUCCAAAGAAACCAAACAAUGAGUGUACAACUCCCAACCAAACCUCUCAACCACGGCCCAAAGCCCGUUCCAAUCCUCGGCUUCGGCACCGGCACGAAAUGGUUCCUAGCCAAACAGCAAGACAACACCUUCCAGGACGGUCUCGUCAAAGUCCUGAACACGGCCAUCAAGUCCGGCUUCCGCCACCUCGACUGGUCCGAGCAAUACGGCACCACGGCAGAGCUGGCACGCGCAAUUUCCGAUGCUCUGGCAUCUGGUAUCCCACGGGACGAGUUGUUCAUCUCGGGCAAGGUCGAGAAGAGCGUUGGCGAUAUCCCCGCUGCUAUUGAUCGACACCUCGCCGAGCUGGGGAUCGAGUACUUCGAUUUGUAUCUGAUCCACGAGCCAUACACGGUUCUGAAAGAGGAUCCGACCGCGAUCAAGGCAGCAUGGGAAGCCAUGGAAGAUGUCCAUAGACAAGGCAAGGCACGUGCGAUCGGCGUAUCGAACUUCAUGCGCAAGCACAUUGAGCCCUUGCUCGAAGUGGCCAGCGUCAAGCCAGCCGUGAACCAGAUCGAGUUCCACCCGUACCUCCAGCGCGCCGACGACUACGUGCCGUGGCUGCAGUCGCAGGGCAUCGUGGUGGAGAGUUUCUUUGGACUGGUGCCGCUCACGUGGGCGAAGGGCGGGCCGUUGGAUGCAUUGCUGGACAGGAUCGCGGGUAAGUAUGGGAUCGAGACGAGUGCGGUGUUGUUCCAGUGGGCGUUGGAGCAAGGGGCUGUGCCGAUAACGACGACUACGAAUGAGGCACGAAUCACGGAGUAUAUGCAAUUUAUGAAGUUGAAGCUGUCCAAGGAGGAAGUGGAGGAGAUCUCGACUGUUGGGAAGAGUCAUCACUUCAGGACGUGGUGGCAUGAGCAUUUCGCUGCAGAUGAGCGAACAUAGACAUAGACUUAUUAUUCCACGGCAUAGGAAUGGACAUGACUGAUGA